UAUUUCCCUUGUAACUUCGCCUAUUGUCAUUGUCUGGUGAAUAUUCGAAUAGAUCGCAUACUAUCUGAAUAAACCCCUCUAUGAAUUCGAAUGCAAAUUUUAGCGAUAAACGAAACAUAUUAUUAUGCCCCUGCCCUGUUCCAAAAAGGCUUCUGACUUCAUUAAAUUGGCACUCAAGAAAUGAUUCGUCCAGUAUUAAUGCCAUCUUACACCCAGAGAAUAAUUUAUCGCCUCGAUUGAAAUAUAAUGAAAAAACCAGAGGAAAUGUGAAAGAAAAACACAUUUUGAGUAGGAAUACUUGUUAUUGUACUUACGAUAGUAAAAGAGUGCCGAGACCUACAUUAUUUAAGCGACCAAAUUCGUGUGUUAGUUACAAUAAUUAUCUGGAAAAGGGUAAAGCUUUGGAAAAUGAGGACAACCUAAUACGGAAAUCACUAACAAAAUGUACCUGCGAAAGUGACGAUGAUGAUGAUGGUGAUGAUGAAGAAGAAGAUGUUGGGUCAGAUCUGAGUCAUGGAAGGCCAAAUAAUUUAAAGUUAGUGCAUGCUAAGAGCUUACCAGUUGAAGUCGGACUUAAACCAACCCAACAAAGAAAGUUAUAUGAAAAAUAUCGGAGAGAACAAAACUUAAAACUACAAGAACAAUUACAAAGUUAUACGGAAGACGAGCAAUACCAAGAAGGCAAUCAACUUGGAGCUGGCGAUAGCGAAACUGUAGAUGUUCUCUUAGAUCCUCAAAAUAUUCGGACGACGGCUACAUCAUUAUCGAACUAUGGACCCACUGGAAGUUCAUUUCUUGCACAUAGUAAACAAGAUAUUCCUGUUUAUGACGAGUUGUCUGUUCCAGAAUUCAGGAAAGAGCAUUACUUUGAUACCCAUCAUAUAGGAAAACUUAAUGAAGUCACCGGGGAAAUUGCCCAAGAUGAGCACACUUGCAUCCAUCAAUUCAAGCUCAAUAAAAGGCAACUUCCCGAACCAGUUACAAAAGACACUUUUGGUAGAAGUUUAUGCAAGUUAUGUGGAAAGGCUAUGGAAGGAUCCACGCUCAAUUUAGCUUCAACGUUGUUUUCCGACGACCGUUUGACGAAAACCAAAAUCAAACAUUACGCCGAUUCUGAUAACAGUGGAAUUUCUCCAACGACCAUUAAUUUGGGCAGAGGUAAAUCAAAGAUAGAGCUUCUACUGGCUGACAACGAUUUAACAAAAUUUGGAAGCUAUAUUUGCAAAAGCAAAGCUCCCAUAUACUGCAAUAGUUUGGCAUUGAGACACCAGAGAAAGAGAGCACCCUAGUGACAUUAUUUGAAAAACUUUUAUUAAUUUUUUUCAUUUUAUUAUAUCUAUAAGUGAUAUUUACAUUUACACCGAAAGCUCAACAUUGUUAUGUUUUCUACUGUACCUAUCGUACUACUGUAAUAUUAAACUUCUUCUCUUGAAUUUUUUAUUUAAGUUAUAAUAGUAGCUACUUCUUCUGAAAAUACAUGUGUGUCCUUCCAAAACUUUAGGUUAAUAAAUAGUAAACCAAA